UCUCUCUCUCUCAUGCUAGUUACUACCCUCAACAACAGGACCCAAAUACCUAAGAAGCAGAUAGAGAAAUAGAAAUGUUAGAGAGAGAGAAGAUGGAAGAUUUCGCUAGGAAAUUGGUGGUUGAUGCCAAAAGGCUCCACCCUUUUCUCUUUCCUGUUGAAGCAUCAGCUCAUGGUCACCCUCUCCCACCUCCUUUCCACACAAGAGACCUACACCACCACCAUCACCACCACCUCCACCAACACCACCAGCAACACCAACACCACCAGCAGCAAAAUUCCGAGGACGAACAUAGUGGUAACAGCGGCCUAAACCGAGGCAAGAAGCGCGACCACGAUGGCAACAGCGGCGCCAGCAACGACGAUGAUGGCAGCGGUGGCAAGGACAUGGCCGGACCUGGUUCAGGCAGCGGUGAGGGUGAAAUCACUAGGCGGCCACGUGGACGGCCAGCUGGAUCCAAGAACAAACCUAAGCCGCCGAUCAUCAUCACCCGGGACAGCGCCAACGCCCUCCGCUCUCAUGUGAUGGAGAUUGCCAACGGUUGCGACAUCGGCGAGAGCAUGGCCACCUUCGCCCGGCGGCGCCAGAGAGGUGUAUGCAUUCUCAGUGGGAGUGGGACUGUGACCAACGUCACUCUCAGGCAACCAGCUGCACCUGGUGCAGUUGUUACCCUACAUGGGAGAUUCGAGAUCUUGUCGCUAUCAGGGUCAUUUCUACCACCGCCGGCGCCGCCGGCGGCAACUGGUUUGACUAUAUAUUUAGCCGGAGGGCAAGGUCAGGUGGUCGGAGGGAGCGUCGUGGGUGCACUUCUGGCGUCGGGGCCGGUAGUGAUAAUUGCCGCCUCAUUCGGCAACGCUGCGUAUGAGAGGCUCCCCCUCGAUGAGGAGGAGCCUCUACAAAUCCAGGGAGGCGGCCCAUUAGGGUCGCCUCCGGGAAUGAUAGGGCAGCAACAACAACAACAGCAGCAGCAGCAACAGCAGUUAUUGCCGGACCCUAACACGCCUCUCUUUCAUGGGCUACCACCUAACCUUCUCAAUCCUGGGCAAUUACCAGCUGAGGCUUAUUGGGCUAGUGGCGGUCGGCCUCCGUUUUAAUAUGAGAAUGUGAAAGUGGUGUUGAUUGAGUAUUCGUCAAUCAUCUUUCACUUAACGAGAAUGGGUUGCAGGAAUUGGAGGUGAGGGCAAUUUGUGAUGUGGGACAUUGGGGUUUUCUAUUCUUCAUUUUGAGUUUCUAUUCCUUCUUUAUAGAAGGAUUCGUAUGGAUGUUGAUUGAAGGAGGAUGUAAAAAUUCAUGGGUUCUCGGUGA